AUGCUGCCCACCAACAUGUUGUCCCGCCUGUCCUUUUCACUACUUAGAUUCAGGUCACCACUCCAAAGACCGCUAAUUAGAACACUGUCUACAUCUCUACUGAGGAACCCAACGACACUACAGCCAACUCCCCUUUUGUCGAGAGGUUUCAAAGUGAGGACCUCCGUGAAGAAGUUUUGUCCAGAUUGCUACAUCGUGAGAAGAAAGGGAAGGGUUUAUGUUUAUUGCAAGUCCAAUAAGAAGCAUAAGCAACGCCAAGGGUAA